ACAUGCAUCAAAGGUCACAGAUCAUCCACAUGCGGACACACAGACCGUCCAUUAUUCGAGAUAAAACGAAAGGGAAGGCCACAGACACAGUGUGAGCAUUGUCGACGGUUGAGGAAGACGAGGCAGGUCCAUGUCAGGUGCGAUUGUGCGAGU